AUGACAGAGAAGGGAUUUAUUGAAAAGGAAAUCAAGGUCUGCACUGAACAGGAAGUGAUCAAGAAUGCCAGAGCGGAGGCAGGAUAUCCUAUUAGAAGUUGGAAGGUGUCCUUGUAUGCAAUUGACGAGUUUGGAACAAAGUCCCAAAUAAAUUUUGUCGAAAAAGUCGAGUAUCAUUUACACCCUACUUUUGAUAAUCCUAUUCGGAUCUGCAAAAAACCUCCGUUCACACUUUCAGAAAAGGGAUGGGGCGAGUUUGAUAUGCAAAUUGUUUUGCAUUUCAUCGAUAAAAGCGUUCCACCAAAGACCUUAGAACACGAUCUCAAUUUCAAGCACAGUCAAUAUGAGAUGUCGCAUACUCUGAAUUUAUUACAACAAUCUGAAUUAUCAAAAACAAAAAAUGGUCGUGCAAAAAGAACUAGAAAUACGCUUACGACGCCAAAAAAACGUGGUAAAUCUGAGAAUUAUGACCAAUCAGAGGAAAAUAGUCAAAAAAAUCAUCAGGAAUCGAUAAAAUCUCGAGAUAUCUAUUCUCCAUUGACAGAAAAUGCAAUGACACCUGAGUCACCAGAUCGUACAGCAUCUUCCUCCAUUUCUUCGCCAAAAUCUUGGCCUGAAUCAUCUCAAAAAUCUUCACCGAAAUCAUCAGCAAAAUCGUCACCAGAAUCAUCACGUGCUAUUACACUUAUCAAUAAUGACAAAGAGAUUUACUUUAAAGUGAAUUAUGAGAAAUUAGCUGAAAAUUUAUACGCUUUACAAGGUGAUGAUGUUCUCGAGGUGAUUGAGAUUGUAAAAUCUCACAAGACGAGCGAUAUGUAUAUAAAUGAUGACAUUGAAGGUGAAUUUCAUCUGGAUCUUUAUACGCUCGGAGAUGAUUUAUUAAAGAGGCUAUGGGAAUUUACUAAAACUGCCCUCAAGAAUUCUACACAGUCAUCGAAUCGAAUACCAUCAUAA